AUGGCAUCUCCACCCUACAGUCAAAGUUUUCCAUCUGGUCUCUCGGUCAAUUACACAUCGCAUUUGCAGCAUGCGCAGCCUUCAAAGCGCAGGCAGCCCGAUAUCCCCUCCUCUGCCCCAGUAAACAAACGUCGAAAGUCGUCAAUUAUACCGUUGAACCUAACAACAGCAGCACAUCCACUCCGUCAAACUUCUUUUCCACCUGAGUCGGCGGCAGAGUCACCUGGGUAUUCACGCUCUCCUAGUGUUGAUAGAAUGUCGGUGGUAUCAGGUCCUGUGACAACCGGUAAGAAAAAAAAAUCACGCAAGGUUAAGGGAAAAGAACCCAGUAGUAUACAACCUUCUGAAGCUGGUGCUAUUUUAAUGGAUACUGGCAGAGAGGCUUUAAAAUGCGGUAUUGAUCAGAGCUUUGAGGAUGAAGAAGAGGAGGUUGGCCAGGAGCUAGCCAUAAAUACGAUUGAGAGCACUAAGGAAGAAAGAUUGAAAGAAGAGCGGCGCCGUCAUCUCCUGACCCGUGCUUUCAAUCAAGAACAGUGGCAGCGAUACGAAGCAUGGAGAAGUAGUAAAUUGUCAGAUUCAGUAGUUAGGAGGAUUGUCAAUCAAACACUUUCACAGUCUGCGCCUCAGCAAGUUAUCCUGGCUGUCAGGUCUGUGGCCAAGAUAUUUGCAGGCGAUAUAAUUGAAAGAUCCCGGAAGGUGCAAACGGAAUGGUUAGAAAUAACAGGCGAAAAUCCAGGAUUACCAGUCCCCAAUAGCGAACAGAGCCUUGUAAAGGCCGAGAAGGAAAAAAGAAGAGGUCCAUUAAUGCCUGACCACCUUCGAGAAGCGUUUCGCCGGCAUAUUCUCACAGAUCAAGGCUUAGUAGGGCAGCUCGGCCUGUGGCAACAGCAGCAGCAGAGUGGAGUAGAAAGGUUUGGGGUCAGAAUUGGUGGCAAGAGACUUUUUAAAUGA